AUGCCCUCCUCCGCCCCCCUGAUCCGCUCCAAAGCCAAUGCUCCCAAUGGCCAUAAACCUGAGAUGCCCGUCAGCUAUGACAUCAACAUCCCCUACGUGGACGUGGAAAAACUAUCCAAAAUCAAAACCCCAUACCCGGAGUACCUGCCAACCUGGGACCCGAUGUGGUUCGACCCACUGCCAGAACACGACUACGCAGACCCAGCUCUUCGCGUUAAAGACAAAUCCAAGCCCAACCUCCUCACACCAAAUGUCAAAGUCAAUGACAUCCAACCAGCAAUCGGCAGCGUAGUGGAAGGCAUCCAGCUGAACAAGCUCACAAACGUCCAAAAGGAUGAACUAGCCCUGCUCAUCUCCGAACGCAAAGUUCUCGCCUUCCCAGACCAGGAUCUCAUCGAUGCCGGGCCCGCCGAGCAAGAAGCUUUCAUGCGAUACUUCGGUAAACCGAAUUACCAGCCCGUCUCAGGGACUGUGCGGAAUCACCCCGCUUUCCAUGUGAUUCACCGCGAUGGAAACCGUGAGGAAAUCGCCCGAUUCUUGGAAGCGCGUACAACUACGACGCUCUGGCACCAGGAUGUCAGUUACGAGAUCCAGCCGCCAGGGUACGUCAUGCUGGGUCUUCUGCAGGGCCCGGAGGUGGGCGGUGAUACAGUCUUCGCGGCGACGGAUAUGGCGUAUAAACGGUUAUCGCCUACUUUGCGCGGAUUCCUGGAUACGUUGAACACAGUGCACUCAUCUGCGAAGAUGAUUAAUCAUACGCGGUUGAUGGGUGGUUUAGUGCGGAAGGAUGCUGUUGAUACCGUUCAUCCGCUUGUACGGGUCCACCCUGUUACCGGGGAAAAGUGUUUGUUUGUCAAUGCCGAGUUUAUCACCAAGGUCCAGGGCAUGAAGGAGCCUGAGACAAAGUGGAUGUUGGAUUUCUUGAUGAAUCAUAUUGUAACUGGACAUGAUUUCCAGGCCAGAGUGCGGUGGCAGCCGAGAACUAUUGUGAUGUUUGAUAACAGGGCUACGACUCACUCUGCAAUUGUGGAUUACCUUGACGAAGACUAUGGCGCCAAGGCUCGUCACAUCUUCCGUCUUAUCGCAUUGGGCGAGAAGCCGAUUCCGGUUUACGACGAAUAUUCCGAGUAG